CUCAAGAAGGCUGUAUCUGCAUGAUAUGGAGAAGAGUGGUGACUGUGCGUCGGAAAUGACAUUUUGCUGUGCUCUGCAGGUCAUUUCCACGUAGAAGCGCGUGGCCGAGAAUGUUGCCCAGAGAAAUCACUUCCGGCUCGCUGAGCCGGAAAUUCGAGCCAAUCCCUGCCUGGUGUCUCUGUCCCUAUAGUGCGAACUACGGAUAACCGGAAACGUCGACGCUCGGAUUUGCGUCGAGCCGGCGUCUAUCCUAAAUGAUUAAAUUACGAAGGAGGGGGUGAAAUUUUCCUGAUUAUCGUGCAAUCUCUUGAUCUCAACGCAUAGAAUUAGUGUAUCUCGACCUAUAAAAAGUGAAAUAUUUUUUAUGCGCGCGUUUUCACGCGUCUCGCGAUGAACAUAGUACAAUAAGAUCGAGUACUAUGCCAAUAUUCAUUUGCUACGGAUUAAGGAUUAUUUAUCGUUCAAUUUUGAUAGGAUGAUGGACCGUAUCCGGGUGCUUACGAAGCUUUAUCAGCUUUCAAGGCUAAUCGUGAUAGAUGCGAUUUCCUUUGCCGACGAUUAGCUCCACCCUUCGGUUCACGCGCCAGUCGCUUUCCGACGAUACCGAAAAGCCUUGAUUUCCAUGUACCAGGUACAAAGCGAGGUAGAUGACAAAGAAAUCGUCGGGGAAGCUUUUUCAUUAUUGCCAUGCGUGCACAGGUCCGUCACACUACGAUCUCAGAGGAGAUAUAUCAAAGAACGUGAAGUACGGCGUGAUAUGCUACGCUCCUCGUGAACGAAACAAGGAAAUCAAAGGACCAGGACCAUCGCACUAUCGCGUAAAUUUUUUUCAAUUUAUAUGUAAUCGGUAAUACAUUUCGCUGGACAUUUAGUGAACGUACGUUUUAUAAUAAACAGUUUUAUGACAAAUACUAUAUAGAUUGUAAGUAAUUAGCAUUUCUGAUUGAUCUCGGUACGCGAACAUAUUGGAAAAUAAUUAACGGUUGAGUGAUUGCUUUCGAGCGGCUCCGCUUUUUUCAUUUUCCGACUGGUGGAAGCAUUCGAUAGUAUUUACUUACUUGUAACAUGGCAGGAUAUUGCGUGCUCGUAGGACGCGAGAGUAAUACCGGAUGCUUCAGAUGGUGAUGUAUGAGGUACAGUUAUGCACUAUGAGAUGACUAGCAUCCUGCAUUAUUCCGUCUACCGUAUUUUCGCCAUAUCCGUGUGUAAAGUGGUUUCAUAAAUCGCAGGCUCUAGAGAAAAAUGCGACUUGUUUAUCAUGAACAUUAUAAUGCACUGUUUGUGUGAAUAAUAUCGUUCAUGAUUUCAAGCGCUCAAAUGCCAUAUAGACUCAAUUUAAUACACGUUUAAUUCAGUUAAUCGUUUAUUAUGCAGAUACAUCCGUAUAUCGCAUCAUCGGUCCUGAAGAAGUCGUUUAACAUCACUCUCGAUAAAUCGGAAAUCGUAAAACCUAGCUGUAAAAUUCAGAAGUCGUCGUGCCAUCGACGAUCGAAGAAAACUUCUCGUUACUUCGUUGUGCCUCGAAGAACGUAUCAGCAUUGUGUUUCCAAAUCGUUAUUGAUCAACUGACAAAUUAAUAAAAUAAAAUAGACUAAAUCUUCUCUCCCUUUUAUCGAGUAAUUUCAAACAUAAUUAUCGAACAUGUAUGUUUUUAACUUUUUAUAACAUUUUCUUCAUGCAGUUUUUUAUUUCCAAACUUAAUCGAAUCACAAAAUUUCUUGAAUAAAUCAUUUAAUCUACUGCAAGCAAGUCUUAGGUUUCUAUAAAUCAUUUAUGCUUACUUAUGCGAGACACGGAUGUAAAAAAUCUAUAAAUAUUCAAACAAGAAGAAGAACUUGCAGUGCAAUAAAUUUUUCUUCAUACUUUCGAGAGGGAGAUCGCGACUAAGAUCAAUACCGCGAAAGUUGGAGAUGGCAAAAGACGUUCACUGAACUGUAACAUUCGAGCGUAAUGAUGCGUGAAGAAAGGCAAAUGUUUCCCAAAUAUCAAAUCAUGCGACUGGAAAGGCAACUUGCUCACACUUAUUGGCCACUAUGUAGCAAGUAAAAUAAAAUUUAACGUCUUUCGCUCAGUAUUGAAUAUACUGAGCGAACGACUGUUGGCUUGAAACGAGAUAACAUUUAUCAAACGUGUCAUGUAACUUUAAUAUACUUAUAUAUUUAUGUUUAUACAUAUAGAUGCAUAUUUAUGAAAUCAGCAAAAUAAUCUCUAGAACAGUUUGUAUAGGAUUAUAUGACUCAUGCGAAUUCGAGACCGACACUGGACGAGAGUAACGCGUAUAUAACGAAUGAUUUUUAUCAUAAACACAAAGAGGAUCUAUACAUCAGACAGGAAGUAUAAGUAUCAAGAUCCUCUUUGCAUCUGCGUGUUAUGAAUAUCUCUUAAUACUCACCAGCUGUACUGAUGAUUCUCUUUCCUCCCUUUUUAGUGAACAAAGACUGUACCUCAACUCGUCUACGUAACAAAUAAAGAAAGAUUAUUUAUAAAUUUGUACAAAAUUUAAAUAAUUUACGUACUUAUAUUGUGUGCACAGCAAAUAUUAUAUGCGACAACAGUUGUCAAAUAAUAUUGCCAAGAUAAUUAUUAGAAUCUAAUAAACGAGGAUGAAAAUUAUGCAAGUUAAACGUUGAAUCGUUACCAAUGGACCAGAUAUGCAUUGCAUCAUUGAUUAUGCCAAUGCAUAUAUAGCGGUUUUAAACGAAUCAGAGAUCACAGAUGAUUUGUGUGAACAUCAUAUUAUGUUCGUUCAUGCGAGGAUAUAUUGCCUCUAUAAUCAUGAAUUUCAUGCCAGCCAAAAUUUAAAGAUAAGAUAAAUAACUACGUCUUCACUGUUUGUGAGUAAAUUAUAAUAUGAUCAAACCUUUUUCUAGAAAAUUACAUAUGCGUUUAAAUAAUAAUCUUACUCAAAGUUUAAUCAUAUGUUAAAUAAUGGUGUUUCAAAAAUUGAUAACAUCUAUGUAAUUAUUUAUAUUUGAAUAUGUAUAGUAUAUUUUAAAGGCUAUUCGAAUAAUGUUUUAUUCGAAUAAUGCUCAACUCUGAUUUAUACAUAUUCAAACGUAUUAAAAGAAUUUUAGAUAUCAUAUAAACAGUUUUCUGAUCUUUUCUUAUUAAAUAUAAUACAAUAAAAUACUCUUAGAAAGAUGAGAUAGAUACGCUUUCCUUACAGAUGAAAGAGGAUCGCAUUGCACGAGGAAUCGGGGUGUACCCUGAAUAACGUUACAAGAUAUACAAGUCUUGACUCACAUUACAGGGGGACGUUACGCUUGCAAAAAGCAUUGGUGUGAGUAUGUCGUUGCUGCGAAGAUAUUAUAAUACAUAACGAUGUUUCCGUGUCGUCUAAGAAGUUUGCUCAUUUGCAGGCUAAAAUGUUUAAGAUAUCCCUGUCAAGAAUUUUGUAGCGUACCUUCGCAAACUUCGUUAACCAAGAUACUAUAUGAUAUUAUAAUGGUGUUAAUAAAAUUAUGGCAAAUGAUAUGAUGUUCAUGGUUAGCUUAGCUGACUGGGAUUUACUGUCUAAUUUACAAUUUUUGGAAGAACGUACGAAUUCUAUAUUAGUAGAAUGGUUCCAGGAUUAUGCUAAAAUAGUAUUUGAAGCCUUUGUAGAUAGGGAAAUUUUGGGUUACCAUAAUCGAGACGAAUUUGUGAUAGUGUAUCCUGACCGCAGUAUGCUUAUAGCGGAAAAGUUGGAAUUAUUCAAUCCUACGUGUGGAUGGAACUGCAGAACGAUGAUUCACAAGUCGAUAUUUCCGGACAGAGAAGAGGCCUCGAAAUGGCACAAUGGCUGGCUCACUCAUCCAAUUUUCAGCAAAAGCGGCGACUAUUCGAAGCUGAUGAGAGAUCGAGUAGAGACUUCAAAAGUCUCUUCCAAGGAUUCUCCCGUUCGCAUGCCUUAUUUCACAGACGAGGAGGUGCGCCUUGUCAAGGGCUCCGCCGAUUUCUUCGGGAUUAAUUUUUACGGAGAAGUUGAUAUUCGCUUGGACAAAAGAAAUGUCUUUCGAACGCGACGCUGAUGGUGCACUCGUUCCACAAAGAGAAUGUACAUAAUACAUGUACGAAGAUAAAACGCUGUAAAUUAUUACGAAAGAUCAUACAUCAUGCGUUAUGUGU